AUGGUGGCAUCGUUCCGCAUGUUGAGUUCCCAGAGGCCAUUCAAUCUUCGACACAUCCGUCACACGCCUCACUGGCCUGGCAAGUGGCCAACGGUCUCUUAUGCACGACAACUUACGAUCGGGAGUCGUGAAUUGGAGGGAAAUCCCCCGCAGCCGGAACGUCCGAAGCGACGACAGAAGCUUCGAAAAAUUCGCACUCUUGAUCCAACCAAGCUCGCUCCGAGCGACUACGUCGACUUCAGUAUGCUACGUCAACCAAAGGUCCAAUUGCUCGCUCAAUCUCCUGAUUUCAACGAUGCCUCAAACGCGUUACUUGGAAGGCUAAGCGCCACAAUCAAUGCGAGGGGAAUCCGAGACGGCAAAUUCCCUCCCAACACUGCCGGAUUCCUCUACUAUCACAUCCCUCCGUAUAGCCCCCCGCUCGCAGGAGAACUUCGCUUUCGCAUCACACCUGCCCCGGAUCCUGCCAGCUUCUACGAGGGGUCUGACUUGCUCACGGAGUACGGCAUACCCUGGAAGAUACCACUUCUCCACAUGACCGACAAGAAGGGUUACACGCGCCUGCAGACACUCCUACUCCGGGAUGGACUGGUGACUCCGCAGCUUUUGGACGUUGCCACAUCUGCGGCGGAAACACUGAAAUCAACGGACUACGGACAAACGAUAGGUUUCAGUAUGACGGCGCUGGUGAGCUCGUUCGGGCGAGGGUUCAACUUUCGGGUCGGAACCUCAAACGGAGUUUGCGUGACCAUCGGCAAGGCCACUGUCGUGAAGAAGCUCGUCAACAACUUUGCUAACUUUUUUGUUCCCGUGGACGGUAUCGGAGGGAUCGGAGGGAGUGCGCGGUAUUUCCCUUUUCAAGGUAUCCGUCCGUGGUCCGUGAUCACUGUUUGA